GAAACUUCCCAAUAUAUAUAUAUAUAUAUAUAUAUAUAAUCCUAAUUCCCAUGCCCCAUUGUCACCAUUUCAUGGAUAUCAUAAUCUCUCUCUUCUCCAUCUCCAUUUUCAUCUUCCUCCUCCUCAAAUUCCGGCCACCCGCCGCCCUCUUUUCCAGCCACUCUUCUCCGUCGACGUACCCUCUCAUCGGCUGUCUCCUCUCCUUCUACAAGAACCGCCACCGCCUGUUGGAUUGGUACACUGAGCUCUUGUCCAAAUCCGCCACUGGCACUAUUGUCAUCCGCCGCCUCGGCUGCCGGCGGACGGUGGUGACGACGAACCCAGUUAAUGUUGAGUAUAUUUUGACUACCCAUUUCCUUAAUUUUCCUAAAGGGAAACCUUUCACUGAGAUUUUGGGCGACUUUCUUGGCUGUGGAAUUUUCAAUGUCGACGGCGAGCUAUGGCGGACACAGCGGAAGCUGGCUAGCCAUGAGUUCAGUGCCAAGUCGCUGCGGGAAUUCGUCGUCAAGACAUUGGAGUUGGAGGUCGAGAAUCGGUUGUUGCCGACUAUCGAAGCUUCGGCUCGAGAUAAUGUAGUCGUUGACUUACAGGAGUUACUAAGAGGGUUUGCAUUCAGUGUAAUAUGCAAGGUUUUAUUGGGAGGUGAAGAAGAAGCCAUUUCCGAGCUCGAAAAGAGCUUCGAUGUAGCGUCGGAGGUGAGCGCCGGGCGGGCGACGAAGCCAGUUUACAUGAUAUGGAAACUGAAGAGAUGGUUUGGUGUCGGGUCGGAGCGGCGGUUGAAGAUGGCGGUGGCGGAAGUUCACCGGAAGGUGAUGAACAUCAUUGAGAAGAGAAAGAAGAAGAAGAAGAUCCAGGAUUUCCAUGACAGCGAAGAUCUCUUGUCCUGGUUGAUCUCUGUUGGCCAUGACGACGAGGUAAUUCGAGACAUGGCCAUAAGCUUCAUCAUGGCAGGUCGAGACACGACAUCGGCUGCCAUGACAUGGCUGUUUUGGCUACUAACCCGUCACCCCAACGUCGAGAAACAAUUAGUAGAAGAGAUAAACUUUGAAUCAACUUUGGUUGUCGAAAAGAAAUUUGAUUAUAAAUCUCUCAAGGAGCUCAAAUUUCUCAAGGCAUGCCUUUGCGAAACCAUGAGACUGUACCCGCCAGUCCCAUGGGAUUCCAAGCAUGCCAUUGUCAAUGACUGCUUGCCCGACGGGACUCCAGUUCAAGCUGGAGACAAAGUGACAUAUUUCCCAUAUGGGAUGGGUAGGAUGGAGGAAGUAUGGGGAAAGGAUCGGUUCGAGUUCAAGCCGAGCCGAUGGCUGCUAGAACCAGAGGGUCGUGGACGGAGAAGAGGCGUGAAAUUAGUGAGUCCAUACAAGUUUCCAAUAUUUCAAGCCGGGCCAAGGGUGUGUUUAGGAAAAGAGAUGGCUUUCAUUCAGAUGAAGUACGUAGUAGCUUCAAUUCUCAGUCGAUUCAGAAUCAAACCCAUUGCCACCGCUGCCGCCGCCGCCUCCGACGACCCUGUGUUUGUGCCGCUGCUAACGGCACACAUGGCCGGCGGCUUCAAAGUUCUGUUUCAGAGGAGAGAGAAAGAGAGAGAGAAUUCAAAACAUACAAAAUUCCCAAUUUAAACAUUCAGAAGAAGAGUCAAUUCAAACGAUUCCAACACAGAACUGACAGACAACAGUGUUGAAAAACAUACAUGAAUUCAGAAACCAAGAACAGUUUUGAAUGUCACCA